CCACAACCACAGGCCCUGAGAACGGCGAUGCGCCGCCGACUUCCAGAGUCCUGUAAGUCCCACCAGUGAGUCUCUCGGAUUAAUAAAUGAAGCUUGAGGUUUCAUUCUUUGUCGAAUCUGAAACAUCUCUAUUCAUCAAAUCUCUCCAAUCAUGUCUGGACCAGCAAACAAGUUCCUGCGACUGAGCCGCCCGGCUCUUGCGUCUGCCAGAUCUUCCUGUGUGCAGAGUGCACGAAAGAAUGCCUUCUCAACAACCAGCUCAAGGCAACUCAUGGGGCUGGCUGGCUUCACAGAAAACCAACUCACAGUUAGAGACGCUGUGAGCCAAGUGUGCCAGGAAUUCCCCAACACCUACUGGCAAGAACACGACCAGGAGGAGAAGGACCCCAAAGAGUUCCAUGCCGCACUCGCCAAGGACGGAUGGUUGGGAAUUGCUCUUCCAGAGUCCCUUGGAGGAUCGGGCCUGGGUAUCUCGGAGGCUACCAUCAUGAUGCAGACCAUCACCGAGUCCGGAGCUGGCAUGGCUGGAGCACAAUCAAUCCACGCCAACGUUUAUGCGACUCAACCACUCGCAAGAUUUGGUUCCAAGGAGCAGCUGGAGACGACUAUUCCUAACAUUGUCUCUGGAAAGUGGCGUGUGUGCUUUGGUGUGACUGAGCCUAACGCUGGUCUUGAUACUCUUCGCCUAGCCACCGCGGCCAAGAAGAACUCGGACGGAUCCUACAAUGUCACCGGCCAGAAGAUCUGGAUUACUUGCGCUCAGGUCGCCUCCAAGAUGAUUCUAUUGGCACGAACUACUCCCUUGGAUGAGGUCAAGAAACCUAGUGAGGGCCUCUCUCUUUUCUCUAUCGACUUGAACCGAGACCAGCCCGGUCUCGACAUGAGGAAGAUUAAGAAGAUGGGCGGCCGUGCUGUCGAUGCCAACGAAGUAUUUUUCGACAACUACCAGAUCCCUGCCGACUCAUUGAUUGGCGAAGAGGGCAAGGGUUUCAAGAUGAUCCUCCACGGCAUGAACGCCGAGCGAUGUCUGCUCGCUGGCGAGGCAUUGGGACUUGGAUAUGCUGCGUUGAAGAAGGCCAGCGACUACGCCCGUGAGCGAGUUGUGUUUCAGCGCCCGAUCGGAAUGAACCAAGGCAUCGCGCACCCCUUGGCCGAUGCUUAUAUGAAGCUGGAGGGCGCUAAGCUGGCGACGUACCACGCUGCCCGACUUUAUGAUCAGAGCAAAACGGACCCGUCGAUUCGCCAGGAUGACAUUGGCGUUGCUGCAAACAGCGCCAAGUAUAUGGCCGCCGAGGCUGCAUUUACUGCCUGUGAGCGUGCAGUUCUCACGCACGGAGGGAUGGGCUACGCCGUAGAGUACGAUGUCGAGAGAUGGUUCCGGGAGUGCUUGGUACCUCGAAUUGCACCUGUCAGCAGGGAGAUGAUUCUCAACUUUGUGGGCGAGAGGGUGCUUAAGCUCCCGAGAAACUACUGAGAUGGUGAGGGCAAGGAGUUAGGGAACACAUAGAACACGGGCUUAAUAUA